UUUUAGAACUUAGCAAUGGCUUUAAAAUCACUAAAAUAGUAAAAAUAGAAAGGGAGCUGCACCUCAGCCAUAUCACCUUAUGAAGUAUGUUUGCCUACAAUGUUUGUUUUGAAAAACACCAGAUUUCCCCAAGAAAAGGAUGAUAAAAUUGCAUUAGGAUGAUCUAUCAUAAUUAUAGGAAUUUUGCUGGGGAAAGUUGUUGAUGCACUAAUGCUUUCAAGCCAAGGUUUUGCUUUUAUCAAACUAAACCACUUGAUGUUUUGCAUCAAGCAGCAACUAAUUUAACUACAGGGUUUUUUGCUCAUUUUUUAUCACACCUGGAAGAUGCUUUUCCUUCUCACACAUUGUUUCACUUGUCUGUUAUGCUUCUGUAAGCUGUCUUUAAUACUGAAAGGCACAUAUUAGUGCUUUAGUUUACUCAAACAUAUCCAUGAAGAAAAGCCUAGAAAGAAAAUUGAAAGCACCAAUUCGCUAGCAUCCAUUAAAACCUCUCUAACCCUCAAGAUUUAACUGUGUUAUAUUGAGAGUCCAGUCAGAAGGGCACACCUCAGUAUCAGAUUACAAGACUCCCCGUGGAAAUCAGCUCCUAUGGGGUGUGCAAGACGCAACUCCAUCCGUAAAAGUCUCUCCCUGAAGUGCCGAGCAGACAUGUCGCCCCUUCACUUCCAAGCCCACAGACAGGGUCGGCCAGGUGUUGAAAUUUGCUUAAAGGUCAGUCCGGGUUAAUGACUUCGCCUUAAGACUCUGGGAAAGAAGUAUGUCAAGACGUCUUCCUGUCCUUUGCCUCGUGACAAUAUAACAACAGUAAUAACAACGUUCAGCGCCUGGGCGGAGGCGGCCGGGGAGCUUUCUCGCUUUCUCAUCCACCCCGCCUAAGACAGGGCGGGUCUCUCGUGCCGCCCGGGGCAGCGGCCGGGAGAGAGCCAGUCGAGUAAAGUUGCGCUGCCCUCGGCCCGCUUCAGAGGACAACACGCAGCGCGCCGCUCGGCAUGGUCCGCUUCGGCAGCGCCUCCUCCUCCUCCUCCUCCUCCUCCUCGGCGAACUGCCGCCAGCGGUGCUGGCGCUGGUGCUGGUGGGGAUUUUUACUUCUCUGGGCCGGGGCAGAAACUCGAGCAGAUCUCCACUGUGCUACUGUAUAUUGGUUGGAAGCUGAAAAGUCUUUCCACGUUAAGGAUGUGUUAGACAAGAAUGGCGAUGCUUAUGGCUAUUACAAUGACUCUGUACAGUCUACUGGAUGGGGGAUUCUUGAGAUCAAAGCAGGCUAUGGUAACCAGUCCAUAAGCAAUGAAAUACUCAUGUAUGCUGCAGGUUUCUUGGAAGGUUAUCUCACUGCUUCACGUAUGUGUGACCAUGUUGCAAAUCUGUAUCCUCAGCUGAUUAAGAAUGUCAUCAUUGAACAAAAAGUUAAACAUUUUAUGCAAAAACAGGAUCAGUGGACCAGGCAACAAAUAAAAAAUAACAAGGACGACCCCUUCUGGAGAAAUGCAGGAUAUAUUAUUGCUCAGUUGGAUGGGCUGUACAUGGGAAACGUGGAAUGGGCUAAACGACAGAAAAGAACACCUCUCACUGAGUUUGAAAUUAGUUUCCUAAAUGCAGUUGGAGAUCUGCUUGACCUGAUUCCUCCCUUAUUCUCAGAGUCAACAAACAGUGAUUCUCUUUUUAUGCCAGAAGUCUCUAGGAGAUACCAAUGGGAUAUGGGCCAUUGCUCAGCUUUGAUCAAGGUCCUCCCUGGAUAUGAGAAUAUCUAUUUUGCUCAUUCUAGCUGGUUCACAUAUGCUGCCACUUUGAGAAUAUAUAAACACUGGGACUUCAGAAUUACUGACCCACAGACAAGAACAGGACGUGCCUCUUUUAGCAGUUAUCCAGGUUUUUUGGUUUCCCUAGAUGACUUUUACAUACUUGGCAGUGGAUUGAUCAUGUUGCAGACCACAAACAGUGUAUUCAACCUUUCUCUUCUUAGACAAGUGGUACCUGAGAGCCUCUUUGCAUGGGAGAGAGUUCGUAUUGCCAAUAUGAUGGGAGAUUCAGGAAAGACCUGGGCCCAAACCUUUGAAAAACAGAAUUCUGGUACCUAUAAUAACCAGUAUAUGAUACUGGAUACAAAAAAGAUCAAAUUGCAAAGAAGCCUUGAGGAUGGGACUCUAUAUAUCGUUGAACAGGUUCCCAAAUUUGUAGAAUAUUCUGAUCAAACAAAGAUUCUCCGUAAAGGAUACUGGCCUUCCUACAACAUCCCUUUCCAUAAAAUGAUCUAUAAUAUGAGUGGAUAUGCAGAAUAUGUUCAAAAGUAUGGCUUGGACUUUUCUUAUGAAAUGGCCCCCAGAGCAAAAAUCUUCCGACGGGACCAAGGGAAAGUGACUGAUAUGGAGGCCAUGAAGUACAUCAUGAGAUAUAAUAAUUAUAAGAAAGAUCCAUAUGCAAGACACAAUCCUUGCAAUACCAUUUGCUGUCGGGAAGACUUAAAGCACAAGAGACCUGUUCCAGCUGGAUGCUAUGACUCUAAGAUAGCAGAUAUCAAUAUGGCUGCAGAGUUUACAGCCUAUGCCAUCAAUGGCCCACCUGUGGAGGAAGGCCUGCCUGUCUUCAGCUGGAUUCGUUUCAACGAGACAAAGCACCAGGGUCUGCCAGAGUCAUAUAACUUUGAUUUCGUCACUAUGAAGCCAGUGCUGUGAAUCUGUAUCUGAUGUUUUUAACAUAUGCAGGAAAAUAAAUCGUGUUCACACUUUUUCUGCCAUACCAAAUAAACUGGCCUGUACAUACCUUGAUUUUACCCUUGGUGUCUUAUGGGGAAAGGGAAAGCCUGAAAUAACUAUGCAAGUAUGUAUGGGCAUAACAGGAUAUAUAGCCCUUGGGUUUUCUACUUUUUUAUCCAAAUGUUUAGUUUAACUAAAUGUUUUCCUACUAGAGCUUCUCCUGUGCAGGAAUCUUAAUGUUUUUAAUCGAAGUACGUACACAGUACAGCUACAUGUUGUGGCUUCAGUAGCUUCACAAGGCAAUAUUGAUUGGAAUGGGAGAGAACAACUACUAUACCAGGAAUGAGUCCACUCUGGUCCUUUUGUUUUAGGAGAGGUUAGAUGCCGGAAUGCACAACAAUGAGUCCAAUCACUUGCAGCAAAUUUUUAUCCAAUAAAUUAGCUGCAGUAAUAAUUCACUCUGUCUUGCUCUCUUCCUCCCCAUCUUCCUCUCACUAUAGUGCAAUAUAAAUCAAGGCUAUUUUCUAUAGAUUG